CAAAAUAAAGUUUUAAUGAACGGUCUUUCCUUUACAGAUUCUAGUAGAACCAGCCAGUCAUUCAACAGAGGAAGGGGAGGAUUAAGAUGGAGCGGAGAAUUUCGAACCUCCGGUUCAUCCUUCUCUCACAAUAAGUCUAUACAGCCAAACUUUAUGCCAGAGAGAGACUCUCUGGGGUCAAUCGGGUGGGGACUCUCUUCAAGAGAUGAUUAUGGAGGUCCUAACAAAAGUCAUUCUUCGAUCAAGAAUAUCCUAAGAUCCAUUAAAAGAGCACCUACUUUGGUUAAAUCCACUGAUAGAUUUCACAUAAAGAAGAUCGAUAACAGCCAUCGUAAUUCUGGAGAUAUUGGCUUAAUUAGACUUCCAGGGAAAUUCUCAUCAAAAAUUGACCGUGACCUUAAAAUGGAUUACUCUACUUUCACUCGGAUGAAUUUAAGCUAUCAGAAGAAAUGAAUGCAAAAUAUAGCUAGGAAGGUGGCACUUAAAACUGGAAAAAAGUCAGCUGCUCAUCUCAGUCAAUCUUCAUAUCAUGAAGAAUUUCCUGAUGGAAAUGCCUAUCCCACUCUGAAGAGUCUAAUUGAGAACCCAGAGGGCAAAACUUUAGUAGGCUUUCAGAAGUGUUCAAGGUACCAAAAAUGGAAGAACAAGCAUGCUCCUUCAUGCUCAGUUCUCUUUUCUAAGUCACAUCUGAAAAAUACCCGGGAGAGUCGAUACACCAAGUCAACAUAUUUGUCAAGGAGGCAUAACUCUGAGAAGCCACCUGUUGGGAGGAAGUCCUAGCCUAAGCUCUUUAGGUUUAAGUUAAGAAUGCAUAUUUCAAUC